UAUUAUUAUCAUUGCGUGACAAUGAACACACUCUAUUGUUGCAUGCAUUGGAUUGUAUAAGAGUUAAGUGGCUGUGAAACCGUUAACGUGACCGAGGUCAGAGAUACGAAAAUCCGGACUGCGCUAAGAACCAAUCAGAUUCCAGGAUUCGUCACCGUGCCCUCUUGAGAAAAAAAUGAGUUCCUAUAUAACAUAUUCUUGUAUCUUGCUUACAUGCACUAGAAGCAAAAGUUAAGUGGUGCGCACAGAUGCAAAUAUGAUUGACACUACGGGUUAUUACAAAACACCACAAUGUAUUAUGGCAAUUUAGAACACUUCGGAUUAUUGCAAAUUUCGACAACUUGUUAUGAAAAUUUACGAUCGGUACGUUAUUACAAACACAUUACCUGUUAUUACAACUCACGACAGCUGUUAUAAGUCACGAUCACAUGUCACGAUCACAGUACACAUGUAAACGUGCCUGCACGCAAGAAAAUAUUUGCGCAUACAAAAACAUCUUGUAAGCGGGGAAACGCAACCAGAGAUCUUCAAAAGUCGUCCAGACGCUCAAAGGUUUUUUUUUGUUGAGUUCUAAAAAUGCACUUGUUGUUUGCUACUUGUUUUAGCGCAACCUUGCUAGUUCCGAUCGGUAUACAUGGCGCUGACUCUGGCACAGCCAUUCAGCCCAUACUACCGAAGCUGCCAGAUCUUGGUGCACUGUUUAAAAAUAUGCCAGCGCCGCCGCCGGCUCCGCUACCAGUUGCGCUAGCCUCUUCUUGCAAGGAACUGUAUGACAAAUACGGUUUUCGAGCAAAUAACGCUUACAUGCUGCAGACUGACAGUGGAACGAUCCCUGUGUAUUGCCAAAUGACAAGCAUAGGCGAAUGCGGAGAUGGAGGAUGGACACUGGUCAUGAAAACGGAUGGCCAUAAGUCAACCUUCCACAACAAUUCCCCGCACUGGACCGACAAGAAGGAUUUUAACCUUCCAGGAGGCAAGACUGGGUUUGACUUACAAGAGACCAAGUUACCGACCUACUGGAACACACCCUUCUCCAAGAUCUGUCUCGGUAUGAAGAUCGGCCAACAGACCAAUCUUUUAAGAUUUUUUUCAUCAUUUAACAGAUCCAACGUGAGUCAGCUGGUCACUCUUCACUUUGACUCAAAACCAAUUUCUGUUCUCUGUCACGUGGGAGAUUUUGGAUGUGGAGAAGGAGGAUGGACACCAGUCAUGAAGAUUGACGGAAACAAGUCAACCUUCCACAACAAUUCCCCGCACUGGACCGACAAGAAGGAUUUUAACCUUCCAGGAGGCAAGACUGGGUUUGACUUACAAGAGACCAAGUUACCGACCUACUGGAACACACCCUUCUCCAAGAUCUGUCUCGGUAUGAAGAUCGGCCAACAGACCAAGUUCAUUGUCAUCAACAAGCCAGCCAACUCUCUGUACUCACUGAUCGCUGACGGGAAGUACCGAGCCACCUCACUGGGUCGUAACAAGUGGAAGAAGGUCAUUGGUUCACAGGCCUCCUUACAGCGCAACUGUAACAAGGAAGGGUUCAAUGCAGCGUGCAACAGUUAUCGUAGGGCGAGAAUUGGCAUUCUUAGUAACAACGAGAACGCGUGCACCACCUGUGACUCGAGAAUCGGGUUCGGUAUAGGACCACCUAAACAAAUCACUUGUGGAAACGUGGCAAUGCAUGGCGGUGAUAAUGGAGACAAACACAUCAAAGCUAUGGGAUACAUCCUAGUUCGGUGAUAAGAACUUUGUAAGAUGCCGUCCUGUCAAACAAGCUUUUAACAGCUCAAUAGAUUAGCAUCGAUACGCUUUGUACUGUAGAACAAAUAAAAAGUGGUGAUGGCAAAAAAUAAUGUUGACUUCCUUCUUUUUUACUAAUGCUGGGGCGUUCGGAUUUAUAUAGUCUCUGUUUAAAGAGAAAAAUCAUUGACUUGCUUUUAUCCCAAACAAAGCUAUAGAUCUGUCAUUUGCAGCCUGUUUAACGGUUCCAGCGAAUACUGGUUCAAUCAAUAACUUCCUCGUGAAUUUAUAGCAUUUUAAAGACCAAAAUGUACCCUUUCUGGCACACUUUAAGGGUAAGAGCCAAUUUAAAAGGAUAAACUCCCAUUUUGUCAGCGAUCAAUGAAUAGAUGGAUGUCAAACAAAUGCUGGCAGGCUAAAUCACUUACCCUUAAACUUUUAAAUACCAUUUUGCAGAGCAUUCCAAAAGAUCGAGUUAAGUCGUAUGAAAUUUAUCUGACGUUAAAGUUUGGCGCUUCAGUUUUAGGCCUAAAAUGUAAUUAUCAACUUGCGAAGUUUCCUGCGUCCUUCUAAUUUAAGCUAUGACUACCAAGAGUUCAAAUCAGUGGUGUAAUAUAUAGAUGUUCAAGGAAUUAUGGUGUUUUAGCUAAAUCGUUUAACGGGGA